AUGUCCAAGAAAGAGAAGAAGAGUCGCGGAGGGAGCCAGAUCCCGCCGUCGAAGACCACCGAACUGAAGGUCUCUGCACGACCGAGCACACCAGCAGAUUCGAAGAAAAGUUCCAUCAGCGAAGCCGAACCGAAGAAACCGAGCAUCGAAAAGACCGCUGUCCCGGCAGUCACUAACCCCGUCAACAAGAAGGUCUUCAUCGAAGCAGUCUCUUCUGACUCAGAAACUCAAGAACCAAAGGACGGCCGAGCUCAGGUCGACUCUAGCCCCAUCGGUGCGGCCGUUAAAGACGCUACGUUGAAUGGUGAAGUGACCAACCGCGAGAAGGCUCGCCAGGAAAGAAGGCGUCGAAGACGCAAGCAGGGUCGCCGCUCCAGAAGGAAAUCCAUCGCACCUCCCGACUCUGAAGACUCGGAAACGGAGAACGUGGCUGCCGAAGCGAAGACUUCCGAUGACGACGACGACAGCGAGGAAGACGACGGAUCGCCGACUGAGCGCAGGACCCGCCGUUCGACCCUGCCGCAGGCCGGACGGAAACGUGAUCGGGUGAAACUGGUCGACGCUUCGACAAACACUCCGCCUGCUUCGAUGACGGGCCUCGUCAGCUCUGAAGCGACCGCUGCCAAGAGCGUCCAAACGAGCACCAAGGCCACUCAGACGGGAGACGUCAUUUUAACACCGCGAGUCGCCAAAGGCAGUCGCGCGCAGCGUUCUUCUAAAUGGGCCGACAAAAAAACUACCCAGGAAAAGUCGAGCCCAGCAACAAGACGACCGAAGCCACGUAUCGCAAUGUCAGACACGACCGUCGUGACUACGGAGCUCCGCGCGCCCAAGGCCACAAUUUCGGAGCGUUUUUACGAAGAGACCAUUUCAACCAAAGACGACAGCACGGACGACCCGUCAUCGUUCAGCAGCGAUUUCUUAAGUGAAGACGCAUUCACGUUUUCCCGUCCAGCGAAUGUGUUAACACGGCGCCCGCGGAAAAGUGGGAAGUCGAAAUACGCUAGAAGCACCUUUGAACCUCGACCGGCCUACUCAACAGACCCAGCUAUAGCUGAAGGACCAAUAACGUCCGAGUCGCUGGAAGACGUGAACAGACUUUGUUCUUAUUUGCCCACGACAAGAGGAACAGAUUAUGUUGGUGCGGUCGAGACGCGAGAUCCGCGGUACUUGAAAAGCAACGACGAUGCCAACAUUGAAGAGUAUUACAAAGAAGUGAGAGAAGAGCUCGUCGAAGCUAGCAGCAACGACUCUGAAGGUGAGCAAGCUAACCGAGUAGGACGUGACACAACGGUAAUAGAGCGUUACAACUUCAUCGACACGCCUGAGUACGCGCGUAGACUUCCACGGCAGUCAAGUGCCUUUGACGACUCGCAAACGUCUUGGCAGCCUUCCAUGGAUGGCACGAAAGGGCAGGGUGCUGUCUCUUCCUCGUGGAAUUUUCCCAGCCGCGUCGACGUAGAAGCAUCACCCACGCGAUACGCAUUCCAGGUGGCUGAAACAACCGCACAGGGGCAAGCCCAGCCCCCGCCAAAUAUGUGGCCUGGUAGCCAGGGUGCCGCACAGAGCACCAGCGUUAAUCCAGUAUUUCGUACGCUCAAACCUAGCAACAUUGGUGUGGUCCGCGUAUUUUAA